AUGUCAACAAUUAAUAUAACACCAAACAAAAAAUUAAUUAAUUGUGGUAUAUGUCAUCAACAAUUUGUUGAUCCACGUAUAUUACCUUGUUCACAUACAUAUUGUCUACGUUGUAUUAAACAAAUUGCAUCGAAUCAUCCAGAACAUUUUGAAUGUCCUGAACACGAUGGUACUAUUAUACCAAAAAAUUCUAUUGAUACAUUAAAAGUAAAUCGAACAAUACGUGAUCUGAUUGAACUCUUAAAUUUUAGUUCUGGUUCAAUUCUAUGUGGAAAUUGUCAUGCAAUUGCAUCGAAAUAUUGGUGUAAUAAUUGUACAAAUAGUUAUUGUGAACAAUGUAGUCAAAGAAUUCAUAAUAUGAGUGCAUUUCAACAUCAUGAACCUACUAUAUUAAAAGAAAAAUCAUUUGAAUUAAUGUUAUGUGAAAAACAUCAAGAUGAAAAAUUAAAAUAUUGGUGUUUAAAAUGUGAAAGAUCUGUAUGUAGUGAUUGUCUAUUAAAUGAACAUAAAGAUCAUCAAUAUGAAUUAAUUUAUAAAAUUGCUAAAGAUUUUGAAACAAAAGUAAAUAUUGAUUUAUCUAAUAUUGAAUUAUCAUUAAAUAAAAAUGUUAAUCAAACAAAUACUUCAAUAAAGACAAUUAAAGAUGAAUAUGAAUUAGAAAAACUUAUGAUUAAUGAUUCAAUGAAUUUUUUACAACGUAUUAUUGAUGAACAUGAACAAGAAAUAUUACAAAAACUUCGUGAUAUUGAUAUAAAUAAUAAUAAACUUAUGGAAAAUUUUAAAAAUCGUUUAAUAAAUGAAUUAUAUGAAUUAGAAUUACAAAAAACAACAUUAGAAAUACUUUCAUCAAAUAAAGAUCCAAUUAAAUUAAUGCAUGCUCGUCCACAAUUUAUUGAUUAUAUUAAUCAAAGAAAUUAUAUAUUACAAAAUUUACAAUUACCAACUAAACAUAUUCAUUAUAUAGAAGGUAUGGAUCUAGUACAAACUAUAAGAGAAAAUAUUUUACAAUGUGGACGAAUUAUUGAUGGUUUAAAACAACCUGAUAAAAAUAUAAUAUAUCCUAAUCCACAACUUGAAAAAUUAAUUGGUAAUAAUCAAACAAAAUAUGAAUGGAAUUUUCAAAAGAAAAUUUUAAUAGAUGAAGAUAUAAAAAAUAUAGCUGAUGCAUUAAAAACUAAUACAACACUUAUUAAACUUAAUCUAUCUCAAUGUCAAAUCGAUGAUCAAGGUGCACAAUAUCUUGCUGAUGUUCUUAAACAAAAUAAGACACUUAUUUCACUUUAUUUACAUCAAAAUCAAAUAAGUAAUUAUGGAGUACGUUUUCUUGCUGAUGCACUUAUACAAAACAAAACAUUAACUACACUUGAUCUCUCACAUAAUAAUAUUAAUGAUGAAGGAAUUCAAUAUCUUGCUAAUAUGUUACAGAAAAAUAGCAAACUUACUACUCUUCAUCUGUCUCAAAAUCAAAUUGGUGAUAAAGGAAUACAAUAUCUUGCUAAUGCUCUACAACAAAACAGAACAUUAAAUAUUCUUCACCUUUCUCAAAAUCUAAUUGGUGAUCAAGGAAUACAAUAUCUAGCCGAUGCUCUCAUAAACAAUACGGCAUUAACAACAAUCAAUCUUUAUUGGAAUGAUAUUGGUGAUAUUGGUGCUCAAAGUAUUGCUUAUGCUAUUGAAAAUAAUAGAACACUAACUACACUCUAUCUUUCUCAUAAUCGAAUUGGUAAUAGUGGUGUAGAACAUUUUGUUAAUGCUCUUAGACGAAAUACAACAUUAACAACACUUAGUUUUCAUGAAAAUCGAAUCGAUCAACAAACACAAAAUCAUUUUGAUAUUGAACAUGCUGCUUCAUUUGUUCGUCGUGAAAUAUGGAAUUGGUGGGAUUAUUCUGAUGCAGUUAGUGGUCCAGCAUCAUGGGGUUUUUAUUUUCCUAUUUGUGAUGCUGGUCGAUUUCAAUCACCAAUUAAUAUUGAAAGUCGUCAUUUAAUUUUUGAUUAUCAAUUAACACCAAUUUAUAUCAAUAAUAGUGAUAAUGUAAAUGGAAUCCUUCGUAAUGAUGGACGUAAUCUUUAUAUAAUUAUUCCAUUUCAUCCAAAUUUAAAUAUUCAUAUUGGUGGUGGUCCACUUCAAUAUGAAUAUCGUCCUGUAGAAAUUUAUAUACGUUUAGCACCACCACCAACUAUAGGAGAUGAAAUAAUACGUGGAAGUGAACAUCAAAUUGAUAAUCGAUCAUUUCAUGGAGAAAUUCAACUUGUUGCCUAUAAUACAGAUCUUUAUAAAGAUUAUGCACAAGCACAAACAUCACCAAAAGGAAUUGCAAUAAUAUCUAGUAUGUUAAUGUUAGGUGGUGAUACUUCAGCACAAUUACGUUAUGUUUUACAUCAUGCUGAAUUAUUAAAUAAUACUCAAAAACCAUCGGAUAUUGAAAUAAAUAAUCUUAAUUUAAAAGAAUUAAUGGCUUUUUCAUCAGAAUAUAUGACUUAUGAAGGUAGUUUAACAUGGCCAGGAUGUUUUGAAAGUGUAACAUGGAUUAUAUUUAAUAAAUAUCAACAAAUGUUAAAUACUUAUUUACAAACACUUUUUACAAAUACACUACGAUUUGUUAAUAAUCGUCGAUCAUUAAUUCCUAGUACAAGUGCACAUAGAAAUGUUCGAACGAAUAUUGGUUAUGAACAAUGGUUUCGUUCUUCAUCAUCAUCAACUUGUUAUCCUGUAAAUAAUAUAAUUCAAUAUCGAAUUAAUAAUGAUUUUGGUUUUGCACGAAUAUAA